AUGACAAAUUCACUUCACUGCUGUUGAUUGGAAAUUGUGAUGCAACACCGAGAAAAUCGUCAAGUCGAAUCGAGUUAAUCGCGUAAAACGGCAAUAGGUCGGUAUUACCGUGUGAAAAAUCGUCGUGUUUCGCCAUCGCGGACUCAGGCAACCGUCACUGAUGGUGGUCCGUCGCAUCCAGAGUUAACAUGAUCAAGAGGUCCAACGCAAAAGAGAUGUUUAUCAUACGUGCGUUGGAAAAGAUCCUCGGCGACAAGGACAUCAAGAAGUCGUACCACGCCGAACUUCGAAAAGAAUGCGAAGCCGCUCUGCAGAACGUAAAAGCCGAAUGCCAGUCCGAAGAAAAGACGGAUUCAUCGUCCGCCUUGCCAUUGCCAAAAGACGGUAGUUCGACCAUUUCGGCUGAAAAAUAUUUUAGACCUUUCGAGUUGGCCUGCCAGAGUAAGUCGCCCCGGAUUGUCGUCACCUCGUUGGAUUGCUUACAGAAACUCAUUGCUUACGGCCAUUUGGCCGGCAACUGUACCAACGACACUGGCAAGCCACUAAUUGACAAAAUUGUUGAAACUAUUUGCGAUUGUUUUACGGGACAGCAGACCGACGAGGGGAUUUUAUUGCAAAUUAUUAAAGCACUUUUGACUGUAGUUACUAGUCAGCAUGUGGAAGUGCACGAAGCUACCAUUUUAAAAGCAGUCAAAACUUGCUAUAACAUAUAUUUAGCUAGUAGAAAUUUAGUUAAUCAAACAACAGCUCGAGCUACUCUCACACAAAUGCUAAACGUCAUUUUUACUCGCAUGGAAAUGCAAGCGUUGGAAGCAGAAGUGCAAAACAAAGACAUAGAAACGGAAAAUAUAGGUAUGUGCGAAAUCGAUGACACGUUAAACAGUGAUGAUUCCAAUAAUCAGGAGUUAUCAGAAGAAUUUGUCAUUAAUGAUAUAAUCAACGAAAUCUGUGAAACUGCCUUGCAAGAUUUAGACUGUGAUAUAAAAACUAAAGAACUCGCACAAGAUAUUGUCAGAUCUAUGUCAGAAGAAAGUUUAGAUGGAACUAACGAAGCGGAGUGCCGUUCAGUUACAGCUUUUAAUCAUGUUUUACAAAAAGAUGCUUUUCUCGUCUUUCGGUCUCUGUGUAAACUUUCAAUGAAACCCUUACCCGAGGGAACACCUGAUCCAAAGUCGCACGAACUCCGUUCAAAAAUUUUAUCUUUACAUCUUUUAUUGUCGAUUUUACAAAAUGCGGGACCAGUUUUUCGCACCAAUCCAAUGUUUAUUACGGCAAUUAAACAAUUUCUAUGUGUAGCGUUGUCUAACAACGGAACAUCGUCAGUACCUGAAGUUUUCGAACUGUCGUUGGCUAUAUUUUUAUCGCUGCUAUCGCGCUUCAAGACACAUUUGAAAAUGCAAAUAGAAGUUUUUUUUAAAGAAAUUUUUUUAAAUAUUUUGGAAACGUCCAGUUCGACUUUUGAACAUAAAUGGAUGGUUAUUCAAGCUUUGACCCGUAUUUGUGCAGAUGCUCAAAGCGUUGUCGAUAUGUACGUGAAUUACGACUGUGAUUUAUCUGCCGCAAAUCUGUUUCAACGGUUAGUAGACGAUCUUUCGAAAAUUGCGCAAGGUCGUCAGGCAAUUGAGCUGGGUGCUACUCCUAAUCAAGAGAAAUCUAUGCGAAUUCGUGGACUCGAGUGCUUAGUGUCGAUACUCAAAUGUAUGGUUGAGUGGAGUAAAGAUUUGUACGUGAAUCCAAACUCUCAAACCAAUCUUGGGCCAGAAAAGAAUGUACGUGAUUACGAUGCCAACGAGUCUGCUAUUACACAAGACAGUUUGAACUCACUCGACGGCAGUGAGUCUAGCUUGACAUCAAACAGUUCAGGCAACAAAGAAGCUCCGGACAUGCCACAACAGUUACAGGUGCUUAAACACCAAAAGGAAGUUUGGGAAACCGGUAUACACAUGUUCAAUCGCAAACCCAAACACGGUAUAACUUUUCUGCAAGAACAAAAACUACUCGGUUCUAGUCCAUCAGACAUUGCUGAGUGGUUUCACAUCGACGAGCGAUUGGACAAAACCGCAAUAGGAGAUUUUCUUGGUGAAAAUGAAGAUUUUAACAAAGAGGUUAUGUACUACUACGUAGAUCAAAUGAAUUUUGUCAGCAAAGACGUGGUUACCGCUUUACGAUUUUUCUUGGACGGAUUCCGAUUGCCAGGAGAAGCUCAAAAAAUUGAUAGAUUGUUGGAAAAAUUUGCCAGUAGAUGGUUUGAGUGCAACCCAAAUAACGGUAUUUUCGACAGUGCCGACACACUGUACGUGCUUUCUUAUUCGAUUAUUAUGUUGACUACUGAUUUGCAUUCGCCUCAAGUAAAAACCAAAAUGACUAAAGAACAGUAUAUCAGAAUGAACAGAGGAAGUUGUAUAUCUGACAACAAGGAUCUACCAGAAGAGUAUUUAAGUAAAAUAUAUGAUGAUAUUGCUGGGCACGAAAUAAAAAUGAAGACAACUGUAAAACCUGGUAAACAAUGUAAGUAUGAUGUUAAAUUUGUGCUUAGAAAUUUUAUUAUUUCCCUUUCCUCUACUCAUCAUAUUUUAGUGAUACCUAAUGAAAAGAGACGAAAGGUUUUGUGGAAUAUGGAAAUGGAAGCUAUAGCAGUAGCAGCUAAAAACCUUAUGGAAUCUGUCAGUCAUGUACGAGCUCCUUUUACUGAAGCCAAACACUUGGAACACGUCAACCCCAUGUUUAAGAUGACGUGGACACCAUUUUUGGCAGCUUUCAGUGUUGGCUUGCAGGACUGUGAUGAUUUGGAAAUAGCCAUGUUAUGUCUAGACGGUAUACGGUGUGCAAUCAGAAUCGCCUGUAUAUUCCACAUGACUUUGGAAAGAGACGCCUAUGUUCAAGCGUUAGCGCGAUUUACUCUUUUGACGGCCAAUUCACCUGUGACCGAAAUGAAAGCCAAGAACAUCGAAACAAUUAAAACAUUGAUAACUGUAGCGUACACGGAUGGAAACUAUUUGGGAACUUCUUGGCUUGAUAUCGUUAAAUGCAUAUCACAAUUAGAACUCGCCCAGAUGGUCGGAACUGGCGUUCGUCCUCAAUUUUUAUCCCAAGUUAUUAGCAAGACGUAUCCACCUAUCGAGGCGCUGAGUCAAAAAUUAAAUUUCACUACCUUGGACUCGUCAAGUCAGAAAGGAUCAAUCGGUGAGACUAGCAGCCAGAGUGUGGUGGUUGCUGUAGAUCGUAUAUUCACAGGAUCUACGAGACUCGACGGUGAUGCUAUAGUUGAAUUUGUGAAGGCGCUUUGUCAAGUUUCCAUCAACGAAUUGGCCAACUCGACUCAUCCUCGCAUGUUCAGUCUACAGAAAAUCGUCGAAAUAUCUUACUACAAUAUGGGACGUAUUCGUCUGCAGUGGUCACGUAUGUGGCAAGUGCUUGGUGAACACUUUAACCGCGUUGGUUGUUAUCCAAACGAAGACAUUGCGACAUUUGCUUUGGAUUCAUUGCGUCAACUUUCAAUGAAGUUUAUUGAGAAAGGCGAAUUUGCAAAUUUCAAAUUUCAAAAAGAUUUUUUAAGACCCUUUGAAGUCAUCAUGAAAAAAAAUCGUUCCCCGACAAUCAGGGACAUGGUGGUGACAUGUAUUGCUCAAAUGGUUAAGUCGCAAGCAGCCAACAUUAGGUCAGGCUGGAAGAAUAUUUUUGGAGUAUUCCAUCUGGCCGCUUCCGAUCAUGAUCGCGCAAUCGUUGACAUGGCCUUUCUUACCAGCCGUGAUGUGAUCAAUCUGUUUUACGAACAGAACUGUAUAAGAAUGAUGGAGUCAUUCCAGGACGCAGUAAAAUGUUUGUCUGAGUUUGCGUGUAAUAUUCGCUUUCCAGAAAUAAGCAUGGAGGCAAUACGUUUGUUACGGACUUGUGCUGAUUGUGUUCACGAUAAACCACAAAUUUUCGCCGAACACUUUUCUGAGGAAUCCACUCCAUUUGAAGAGGAUGGUGUUUGGGUCAGAGGUUGGUUUCCCUUAUUGUUUGAAUUGUCGUGCAUUGUCAGUCGAUGUAAAUUGGACAUUCGAACGAGAGCGCUGACAGUACUCUUUGAAUUGAUUAAAACUCACGGUAUUGUGUUCAAAUUGAACUGGUGGAAAGACUUGUUCAACGUGCUUUUUCGUAUUUUCGACAAUGUAAAGCACCAAGAACACAGCGUGGAGAGAAUUGAAUGGAUGACAAUCACGUGCAAUCAUGCCUUAACUUCCAUAGUGGACGUUUUUACCCAAUACUUUGACAUACUCUGUCCCAUAUUGCUCCAAGAUUUAUAUGCUCAACUUCAGUGGUGUAUUCAACAAGAAAAUGAUCAAUUAGCGCGAUCCAGUACCUAUUGUCUUGAAAAUCUUAUAACGUCCAACGGUUCCAAAUUUGACCACACCAAUUGGGAUUGUACGUGUCAGACAAUCGUUACUAUGUUUGACAGUAUGAUGCCUAAGCGAUUGCAAAAUCAAGAUCAAUCUUCCAAUUCAAAUAAGUCAGACAUCAGCUUAACAGUCAAGUGCGCCAUCCGCCUAGAGUUAAUCCAGACGGUGGACAACAUUGUAUUCUUUCCAUCGACGUCACGUAAAGAAGACCAAGAGUACUUGGCAUUGGCCCAAAACACGAUGAUCAGUCAGAAUACGGAUAUACUGGAGCAACAGCAAGAAGAACAAGGCAUGUACAGUAACCUGAGUUCAGAACAUUUGCUCAUGUUGACCGAUUGUUUGUUACGAGUGCACAACUACACCAAACAAUACAAUUAUUCUAUGUUGCAAAAAAUCCCUCCCCGCAGUUACAUCAACGAAGACCUGUCCAAUAUGGUCAAGCAAGAGACGCAGAGUGUGGCUUGCGUACUGAGGAUAGUGUUGAAGGCCAUUUGUGACGAGUCAAGGCGGACGCAUUGGGAUCAUGCGCAAAACAUAGCGGCAACUGUUAUAAAUGACUCGCUUCAGUAUUACUUAUCAUUGAACAAUCACAAUCACCGUACGGCGUGGAAUCCUAUUCUAUUGCUUAUAUUUACCAAGUUGUAUAAAUUACCUGAAGACAAGUUUGCCUUGCAAACAUCUCAACACUAUACUUUAUUGUGCGAUAUGGUUGGUGUCGAAAUAAAACCAGAAUUGAGAACUGUGCUCGGAAGAAUAUUCGCUCGUACCGGAUCGGUUUUUAAAAUCACGUAACAAUAAUUUGUCCAAAAGGUUUUAUUUUUAAAGAAAAAUAAUAUACAAAUAUUACUAUUAUACCAUUAUAUUUUAUUAUUAUACGUACAAAAAUAUUUUAAAUGUUUUAAAUUUCGAAGAAACAUACAACACUCAUUCACUACAAUCACAAAUGUGAUUGUAUUGAUCUCUCACCCAAACUGUUUAAAUAUUCCUAUAUGUAUAAAAAAACACUUAUUAGUUUAUUAAUUUUAACAUAUUUUAUUACUCUUUAUUAUUAUUUUCAAGUAUUAUAAUUUGUUAACUUUGCUUGUUGUGAACACUGUUAACUUGUUAUUUGUGUGUAAACAGUACACCACCAUCUAUAGUAAAACCCUUGAGUGGUCAACCCCCAAGCACUGCACCCCUAUUUUUAUGUUAUAUUGUUGUGUUAUUUAUUGUAUCAGCUAUUUUUGCUAUUUGAAUGUGAUUAUUCUGUGUAGCUUAGUUACUUGAAUAUUUAAUGUAUAAAUAGACUAUUUUUACAGAAUAAUACUACCGUCCUUUAUUUAAAUAUACAUUAUAUAUGUAUUGAAAGUUUUGUUUAAAUGUGAUUAACAUAAAAACGUUUAACGAUUGUUAACUAUAGUACAUCAUUGUGUCUUAUUAUAAAAUAUAUUAUGUAUUUGAUAUUUGUUAC